AUGGGAUUGGCUGACAAGAUUCAAUCUAAGAUUUCUGGCGGACACAAGGAGUUCGAAAAGGCUGACCAGACCGCUGGUAAGGCUGUCGGUAAGGACAACAUCUCUGGUGAGGUCGGCAACCUUAACAAGGACAGCGCUGUCGAGUACGCCAACGACGCUGACAAGGCUGGUGGCAAGUACUUGGGCAGAGAGAACUUGUCUGGUACCGAGGGCGGUAUUGGCAGCAAGUUCGGUGGCCAGGGUGGCUCUUCUGGUGCUACUGGCUCUGGUGCUGAGACUGGUGCUGCCGGUGCUGGUGCUGCCGGUGCUGGUGCCGCUGGUUCUCAGGGCGGUUCAGGCUCCUACGGUGCUUCUGGCGCUCAGGGUGGUGCCCCAUCUGGUAACGCUCCAUCUGGUGCCUACUCCUCUGGCGGUUCUGGUGCCCAGGGCGGUUCUUACGAGACCGGUACUGGCUCUACCGCUGGUAAGGGUUACGAAGGCCACCAGCAGGCUGGCCAGGCUGGUCAAUCUGGUCUGACCGGUCACGGUGACUACGGUAAGGAUGCUCUUUCCUCUGGUAAGGAUGCUUCCAACGCCUACAGCUCUGGCGACAAGGCCGGCCUUGCUUCCGGUGGAGCUGGUGUUGCUGCUGCUGGCGCAGGUGCUGCUGGUUACGGUGCUUCCAAGCUGGGCUCUGGCGAGUCCUCCUCUGCUCAGCCAUCUGGCUCUGGCCCAAGAACCCACGGUUCUGACGCUUACGGUUCUGGCCAGUCUUCUCACGGCUACGACACCGCUGGUUCCGCCAAGACUGCUGGUGCCCCAGGUGGCAUCCAGGAGGGUGCUGCUACCCAGUCUGGUUACGAUGCUACUGGUGGUGCUGACAAGUACGGUGCUACUGGUGCUCGUGGUCACGGUGCUACUGACGCUAACGCUACCGGCUCUGGUCUUGGUGGCUCUAUCGGUGGUGCUGGUCUUGGCGCCGCUGGUGGUGCUGCCGCUGGCUCCGCUGCCUCUGGAUCUCACGGCUCCUCUUCUCAGGGUGCUUCUGGAUCCCACGGUGCUUCCGGCUCCCACGGCGCUUCUGGUGCUCACGGUGCUUCUGGUGCUCACGGUGCCUCUGGUACUUCUGGCUCCACUGGUGCUGGUGGCGCUGGUUUCUCCACCGGUGACUCUUCCUUGGACUCCAAGAUUGCCUCUGCUGACCCUAAGGUUCAGGACAAGGCCAAGGAGGCUUUCAACAAGGGUUACGAUGAUGCCCUUAAGUCUAUCAACAGAUCUUAA